CGAUUGCAAGUGCAAGUUCGACUGCGAGUUCGACUGCGAGUUCGACUGCGAGUUCGACUGCGAGUUCGACUGCGAGUUCGACUGCGAGUUCGAGUACAGGGACGAGCACAAGCCUCCGAUCCCGGUUCCGUUUGCCAACGCACACACACGCACACGCACACACACAUGCGACAACCAUGGGAACCAACAUCCACGCCCUAGCACACCGGCUGACGGCGCUCUCGAUGGCCUUUCUGGCUUCCGCCGCUCUGACCUUGUGUGUUCUGGCUGGCUUUGGCUGUUCCUUUGUGGAAAUCCGGGCGCUCGAGRGAGAGAGCGUCGGCGCCUCGAACGGGGCCGACUUUGAAGAUCUGGACACGGCCUACCUYGGCGUUCGGUGCCUCUCGGAGUCCGACGCCGCGUUUUAUCCCGCGGGGGACAACUCGGACCGGUUGUGGGACGUCAGCAGAAUCUUUUUGUACACCGGUCUCUCGUUCGGCGCCGCAACGACGCUCUUUGCGUGGCUUCUGGGCACGUGCGUCCGGCCGACGGCCCCCCGGUGGCGGAUCCUCUCGGUCUUGGCAGCCUGCUCGGCGGUCUUCCAGAUCCCCAUCUUUCUCGUCUUUGAGGGCGACAACUGCAACUUUGACGUCUUUCGGCAAUCCUGCAAGCUKGGCAUCGGGGCCUACCUCAACGUGGUCAGCAUUUCGGUAUGGAUCGUCAUGACGAUCUGGGUCCAGUGCCUCAGGGCCCCCCGGUGGGACGAGGAACUGGAUGCCUGGAGGGUGAACAGAAACGGAAACGGAAACCACCGGGCCUCUUCCUCGUGCGCCUCCUCGGGGGGGGAGGCACCGGCGGUCCAAACGGUCAACAACACGGCAAACACGAACGCGUCGGAGGCGGCCUCCUCGCCGCACCACGCGCUGGAAGCACCGUGGGCCCCGCCGGGGUGCCACUCCCGGGCGCACCGAUACGGCCGCGGGGGGGACCUCGGAGGCUGCGACGACGGUGCGAACGACGAAGAGUCCCAGCGACCCUUGGGGGGAGGCCCCUCGCGGCCGCUGCACGAAUCCCCGAGCCACCGGAGGGCGGAAGCGAGCACGGCCACGAGCGGCACCGGAAGAUUCCGCGCCGAUACGAGCGGUGCCACGUCCGAAGCGGUCCACGCYRCGAAACACUCUACGGAGGCGCAAACGCGGGACGRUAACGCCAGCGGCAGCCCCCCGCGCAGCCGGCGACGGCCCUCCCCGGGCUUUCACGUGAGCUGCGUGUACGCCGAUGGCACCCAGCAGGAUGCACACUUUCCGUCCGUGGCUAACUGCUGCCUGGGAAUGGGCGUUCCGACGGAGGAAGACGAGGCCACCAACUUCAAAACCUUCCGGGACGACUUUCGGGUGAUCGAAUACACCGAAAGCGCCGACGACAACCCCCCCGCAAACCAGAGCGAGAGCCCGGAUUAUCUCUUCCGAAAGCUGCAAACCGAGGAAAAAGCCGCGAUUGCCCGAAGGGCCGAGCGCGACAGGGUGCCCGUAGAAUACGUGACGAGCGGCGUCGGCAAUCGGGGCGGGUCCCACUACCACCACCACACCCCCGGCGGCGGCAUUGCCACGGACGACGUGAGCGAGAUGACCCGUGGGAGCGGGUGGGCCUCGGGCGUCAGCGAGAUCCUCGACGACACGGACCUGCGGCACCAGCCCCGGGUGGUCCUGGAGGAACUCAGGCAGCACUACUAGCAGGGGUUCCGAGUUUGUACCCGCCGAUCGAUCCAUCCGAACGCACGCAAGCAAGCCGGUUUCCACCGGACUUUGUGUCGGUUCUUAUCAUUACGCUGCUGCCCUUGUAACAACAUUGUAUAUCCUUUUAUUACACCCUAGAAAAUUUAUUCA